AUGUCGGAAGGGAGGCCUUGGUUCAUUGGAGGGGACUUCAACACCAUCCUCUCCACUCGUGAUAGGACGGGAAGCGACACCAAUCGGCAAGUGGAGAUGGUUGACUUCGCCGAGGCAAUAGAGGAUUGCCGAUUGUUGGACCCGGGCUUUGAUGGCUCGGACUACACCUGGGCAAAGAAUGGCCUCAUGGAAAGAUUGGAUAGAGUGCUGAAUGCCGACAACCUGGGGGGUGGCAGAGCGUUCCGGUUCCAAAACAUGUGGGUGCGGCAUGAGGGGUUUGCUGAUAUGGUGCGGGUAGAUUGGAUGGCUCCCACAGAGGCUACAGGCCUACUCAACUUGAAGAUCAAGUUAGCAAGGAUUAAACAGACAUUCAAAUGGUGGAACAAAGAGGUUUUCGGGAAUAUCCACACCAACCUCAAAGCCUGUGAAGAGAAUAUUGCCGUGGCUCAAUCUAAGUUCGAGGAAGACCCCUCGGCCCGGAACAGAAUGGAGAUCAACAAACAAAUAGCUGAGUACGUCCUUCUUCUCAAGAUGGAAGAAGACUUCUGGCGCCAGAGAGCGGCUCUCCGUUGGCUGGAAGAGGGUGAUAAAAACACUAGGUUCUACCAAAGUUGGGUGAAGCAAAAGAGAAUUCGGUUGCGAAUCCACAAGAUUAAUGCUAAUGGGAGGGAGCUCACGGAUGACCUUGAAAUCAAAGACUCGGUGGUCGAGUUCUAUCAAAACCUCCUUGCGCCAACUUACCCGGAGUUGGCUGCCCCGGACCUAGCCGCCAGAUGCGGAUGA